AUGUGCUUGGAACGAUAUAAAUGAACUGGAAUGUAUUGUUGUAAAUUUUUUAAUUAAGUAUCCUAGUACUGUAUAAAACAUUUACUACAUAAACCAAGAAAACAAAAUGUCCUCGGACGCAGAAGAAAACAAUUUGGAAGAAAAUGAUUCGGAAAGGAUCGCAAUUAAAAAUGAGUUAUCGUCUUUAUCCUUUGAGGAUCUUCAAAAACUUAAAGAAAGAAUUGGUGCGAAACUUUACAAAGAAGUAGUUUUCGGAAAAAAGAACAACCCAGAAACGAGUCCAAAAGCAAAAUUUUUUAAAAGGGAAAACAAGAAUAGGCCAAGGGAAAUGAGUUCAAAACGACCAGUACGAAUGCUUAGGGAUACAGGAAAAGUGAAGAAAACUGAGAUUCGGGAUCCUCGAUUUGAUCCCUUGUGUGGUGAGUUUGACAAAAAAGAAUUUGCAGAAAACUACAAUUUCCUCUCCGAUAUGCGUUACGAAGACAUAAAGUCUAUUAGGGCAGAGCUAAAACAGACAACAGAUCCAGAAAAAGUCCUAAAGCUCAAACGUUUACUGCAGAGUUUGAACGAACAGCACAGGGCUAGCAGAAAGGCUAGAGUACAAAGAGAAAAAGUAGAAAAACAGAAGAAGGAUGUAGAAAAAGUCUUCAGAGAAGGCAAACAGCCUUACUUUAAAAAUAAAUCUGAACUUCGUGUUGAGACAUUGGUGAAUCAAUAUGAAGAACUAAAGAAAGAGGGCACCGGUCGCAUUCAGCGCCAUCUCAAACGACGACAGCAAAAGAUAAAGAAGCGUUCAAAUAAAGCUCCCGUAGGAGACAGUUGAUGAUUUAAUAAAAUUUAAAACCAAAA